AUGGAAAAAUCGAUGUUUUUUUUUUUGGCCGUCUGUUUGUUGGUUCAGUUGUCGCACGAUUACUGCUGUAGUGACUGCUGCAAGUACGUGAUCGCAGGAGUUGGUGCAUCAUUGGGACUGUGGUACGGUUACCGAUUUUUGAUCAAACCAUUGGACAUACAAAGGAAAAAAAGUGUGCAUCCGAAUGGAUGGUUUGCGCUCCUGGACUCCGAUCAACUCAUCGUCAAUCAAGUCAAGUACGUGACGGCUCUAGCAUUGUCGUCGAUGGCGGCGUCGGUGAAGAGUUGGCAGUGUUGCGAAGCCAACGGGUUCGUGUUCGUGUGGUACCACGCGGAGAACGAUGCGCCAUCGUGGCGGCCGGCCAGAGACGUCGAGGCGGUAGGCCGUGGGUGGACGUACCGCGGCCGCAGCGAACACUACGUGAACGCGCACAUCCAAGACAUCCCGGAAAAUGGAGCGGACGUGGCCCAUCUGCCGGCGCUGCACGGCCACAUGGCGCUCGGUGGCCAGUACGCUGCGCAGGCCGACCGGUCGCUGUGGAGGUGGAUCGGCGUCCACGAGUGGACGGCCGCGUGGCGGGCGGAUGGCUCCCGCGGCCGGCACGUGGCCACGCUCGAUCUUCAUCACGGGCUAGUGGUGUUCGGCAAGUUUAUCGUUUUCAAAAUGGACGUGGAAGCGCAACAGAUUGGUCCUGGAUUAGUGAUUUUAAAUUUUAAAACCAGUUUUGGGCCCAUAAAAUUGGUACAAGUUGUCACACCAGUCGAGCCAUUGAUUCAAAAAGUUGUACAUCGUAUCUACUGUCCAGUGUAUUUGUCACUGUAUGCUUCAAUAGUUUUAUUUAUGAAAGCUCCGAUGUUCGAUAGAGAUGUAGUCAUUUGGAACCACAAGAGUUACAUUGAAAAGCCUUUAGUUUCAGAACAAGAAUCAACACUCUUGGCACAUAGAAAAUGGUACAAACAAUUUUAUAGCGCCAAUAGUAUACAAUUUAGUAACAGAAAGGAAACAAUGGAUUGGUAA